CCGUCAAACAUUAACAGCCCCUUAACAGGGCAGGCAGCACAGCCGGCGGCAGCACCCAGCCACCAUGGCGCUCAGUACCCGCUUCGCCUCACCCCUCCGGCCUGCCCUGGCAGCUCUGCGCCGGGCAGCCCCUGGGCAGCGCCGGGGGCUCACUGCUCUCCCAGGACCGGGGCACACACUCGAUCUCAGGGGUAUCUUCCCGCCGCUCGCCACCCCCUUCUCACCCACGCAGGAGGUAGACUAUGCCCAGCUGGAGGGGAAUCUCUGCCGCUACGCCAGCAUCCCCUUCCGAGGCCUGGUGGUGCUGGGGUCCAAUGGGGAGUACCCCUAUCUGGCACCCCACGAGCGGCUGGAGGUGGUGAGGUGCGUGCGCCGGGCUCUGCCCAGGGACCGUCUACUGCUGGCUGGCUCAGGCUGUGAAUCCACCCAGGCCACCAUCGAGAUGACAGUCAGCAUGGCAGAGGCAGGGGCUGACGUGGCACUUGUCGUGACACCCUGCUACUACCGGGGGGCCAUGACCAGCGCUGCCCUGAUCCAGCACUACACGGGGGUUGCUGACGCAUCCCCCAUACCCAUGGUGCUCUACAGCGUCCCUGCCAACACCGGCCUGGACCUGCCCCUGGAAGCUGUCCUCACCCUGGCUCAGCACCCCAACAUCCUUGGGAUCAAGGACAGCGGUGGGGACAUCACCCGCAUGGGACUGAUGGUCCACAAGACACAGCAGGAGGAUUUCCAGGUGCUGGCAGGAUCAGCCGGCUUCCUGCUGGCGAGCUAUGCCCUGGGUGCCUCUGGGGGUGUCUGCGCCCUUGCCAAUGUCCUGGGGGCACCACUGUGCCAGCUGGACUGCCUGUGCCGCGAGGGCCGCUGGCAGGAGGCCCGUGACCUGCAGCACCGGCUCAUCGAACCCAACAUGGCGGUCACCCGCCGGUUUGGGAUCCCGGGGCUGAAGAAGGCCAUGGAGUGGUUCGGCUACUAUGGGGGCCCCUGCCGCGCACCCCUGGCCCCACUGAGCCCCCCCCAGGUAGAGGAACUGAGGGGGACCUUCAGCACCAAUGGCUGGUUGUGAGGGAUCCCCGCCCCAUUCCUUUCCGCACCAGUAAGGCACGGGAGCCAGUGACCCUAGUGGCUGGGGACUUGGUUAGGGAUACUGGGACAUGGUCAGGAGAAAGCCAUCCAUCUCACUCCUUCCUGCUGGACAGGCCUGCCCUGGAAAGAGUGGGUAGGGGGGACACACAGUACCCCCUGGCCACCCUUGCACCCCGACCAGCCCCUGGGGUCCUGCUGUCCCAACCUGGGAAGUGAUGGAUCCCCACGUUGUGCACUGGGAAUAAACCUGUUGCCCCCGC